CGCGCCCCUGUACAUUCACACUCACCACCUUCCGCCACCGCUAACCAAGCAAAAAUGGGAGGAAAACAAAGCAAGGUCUACUCUGACUCGUCCAAGAUCCUCUCUGUCGCCCUCGAUCCCACCUCGGGGUUCCACACCACCCUCUCGACCCGGCUACUCCUGAACCAAACCGCCUACGCUGACGCGUGCGCCCUUCACGUCCUCCACAAGUUUCCACCAAACGUCAUUGUCGACUCCAACGAGCUGAAGGACCGCGGGUUUGUGUUCGAGCUGCAGGGCCCCGCCGACCUUGAGCUGCCCGUUGUGGCCGUGGAACAGACGGACGUGUGGUUGCUACUCAACCUCAACGCAAGCUCGACGUUCAAGGAGAUCAAGGAGGUUGGUGAGGAUGACGGUGGAGGGGCACGGGAGAUCACCGUGAACGUCCCUCUGCACAUGCGGUACAGCGAACCCACCAUGGGCGGUCCCUCGCACGAACAAGUCCCCAUCGAACCUCCGCGCGCAUUCUGGGCAUGCCCUGCCGAUCCAUCUCUAUCCCAUCUCCCCGAAUCCCUACCUGACGUCCCCGCCGAGCUACACACCGCCUUCGCACUCGCAUCACCGCGGUUCAACCUCAUCCCUCCCGCCGACGGCGUCGAGCUGCGGCCGAUGACCAUGCGCGUGCCAGCUGGCGACCUCACGCACCUCCCCCUCGUGCAGAUCGGCACAGCGGCCGUCGUGUUUCUGGCUGCGGGCUGGCUCACAAGGCGCAUAUACGUGGCCUCGCAGGCACUUCGCGCCGCGCACGAGAAAAAGGAGGAGUAGAGCGCUGGGUGUCCUUGUGCUCUGCUCAUUCGAAUCGUGUUUUGCAUCUGAUCUCUGCGACGGAUAUACCCCAUACUCAUGUGCUUGAUGAUUUACUUUGUUGAUAUGUCUAUGCCAAGCGAACAUUAGAUCGUGUUGGCUUUAUGUUUACCAACUCUUUUUUACGAUGGACAAUCGUUGUCAUACUAAGCCAUUUACAAU